UAACAAACUUAAGCCGCAGGACCAUUUCUUUAGCAAUUUCUUAUACAGCAGUGCAUUUUCGAACAAAAAAUCUGUGAUUUCCAACUUUAAAUCCAUAUGCACAUCCUUUUGCCAUUCUUAAAAACAACAUGUAGGCCCGCUACCCUGAAUCAAACCUUCUCUUUUCUACUUUACUUAUUCCACACCCUGUUAUAUUUAAAGAAACAACAAUUUUAAUCACGAACAAAACUUGUUUUAGAGGUUUUUUUUCCUUACAAACACUUAGAGAUGCUUCCACUCCCUCCUCCACCACCCUCCCCGCUGCCCGUAGAACCAUCUCCACAACCAGAAAAGCAAGGCUUUCCAGUCUCUCUCAAUCAGAUAGUCAUAUCAAAGCAAGCCAGAAAUCAACAAAGUUAUUCGGCAGAGACAUCAAAUUCUGACAGCAAGAAAUUAAGCAAGCCGCCAAUAUUCAAACAUCCUCGACCUCGCCGUACAAACCCAGUUAUAUGGUGUGGUGCAAUCCUCUGCCUCAUAUUCAGCCUUGUUCUCAUCUUCUUUGGAAUAGCAACUUUGAUUAUCUAUCUUGUCAUUAAACCAAGAAAUCCAGUGUUUGACAUACCAAACGCAAAUCUAAGCAGCAUAUACUUCGAUUCACCAGAGUAUUUCAAUGGGGAUCUUACCUUCCUCGCAGACUUCUCCAACCCAAAUCAGAAAAUUGAUGUGAGAUUCGAGUAUGUGGAUAUAGAGCUCUACUUUUCGGAUAGACUUAUAGGAACUCAAGCUCUUCAGCCUUUCACACAAAGAAGUCGGGAAACAAGAUUGGAAUCAGUUCAAAUCAUAUCAAGCUUGGUAUAUUUGCCCCAGAAUCUUGCUUUUGAACUUCAAAAGCAGGUGCAGAGUAACAAGGUCCACUACAACAUGAGAGUAACUUUUAAAGUGAGAUCUAACCUGGGUCUGCUCCAUUAUUCAUACUGGUUACAUGGAAGGUGUGAGAUAGAGAUGACUGGCCCACCCACUGGUGUUAUCGUUGCCCGAAGUUGCAAAACAAAGAGAUGAAGAAGAAGAGAUUUUUAACUCCUCUUUUCCUGGUUUGUUCAGAUUGAUGUCUAAACAGAUUUUUUUAUAUAUAAUAAGACUUGGUCUGAUAAGUUUUGUGCUAUGGAUCGAACAGAAUUCUUCGAGGUUGUAAUUGUCUAAGGCCAUAAAUAUGUUAUUUUGAAACCUUAA